CUGCGCCGUGACGUCACUUCCAAGCGUCUGGUGGCACGUUGACUAGGCUUUAGGCGCCUUUCCCAGGAACGAAAAUGUCUAUGGCUAGUGAUUUCUACCUGCGUUACUAUGUAGGGCACAAGGGAAAGUUCGGACACGAGUUUUUAGAGUUUGAGUUUCGGCCGGACGGGAAGCUUAGAUAUGCCAACAAUAGCAAUUACAAAAACGAUGUUAUGAUCAGAAAAGAGGCAUAUGUCCACAAAAGUGUAAUGGAAGAACUGAAGAGAAUUAUUGAUGACAGUGAAAUUACAAAAGAAGACGAUGCUUUGUGGCCACCCCCUGACCGGGUUGGCCGGCAGGAGCUUGAAAUUGUAAUUGGAGAUGAACAUAUUUCUUUUACAACAUCAAAGAUAGGUUCUCUUAUUGAUGUAAAUCAGUCGAAAGAUCCAGAAGGCCUUCGAGUAUUUUACUAUUUGGUACAAGACUUGAAAUGUUUAGUUUUCAGUCUCAUUGGAUUGCACUUCAAGAUUAAACCAAUUUAAAUUGUAUAUUUAUGAAGAUCUUUGUAUAUUUGAGGGGUGGGCAAGGGAGGGUUUGUCAUUUAUAAUAAGAUUUUUAUGAAUGUGAAAAAACUUUUUGUAUGUAAACCGAGGAUAGGAAAAUAUAUCAAUGGACUGAAUGGUUUUUCUCCCUUGGGUGUAAGUGGGUAAGACUGUCCAUGUACACAUUAAAUUCUGUAAAUAAAAGCCACUUUUUGUUGAAAUUUUGCUCUAAUAAAACAUCGAAGUCUUUAUGAAAA